AUCAGGUUCAAAUCUUAAUUCGUCUAUCUAGAAGCAUGUAGGUAUGUGGACAUGUCUUUGGUACCUAUGAAUAAGUUCAAAAUUGAAACAAUUCGCAUAUCAAAAGCAGUGAGCGAUUUCACGCGAAAACAUCCGUAAGUAAUGUGUUAGCGGUGCGUUUGUCACGGCGGAAGUGUGGCGAUAGUGAGACGCGAAGCCUCCCCUGGUUGUUGAUGAAACAAUGUUCGUGGCCCAUGGUCCGCGGGUCGGCCGGCAGCCAUCGCAGCCACUUAUUUAUUCCGCAGUCGCCUGCCGCCGCGACCUGUACGCUGCCCGCCACCACCAACCUGCCAAGUACCGUUUUAUUGGAAACAUGGUCGUAUUCUAGAGUGACGGUUGACUAGUGAUACAUUGCUUCAAACAUUAUUUUUGAAAUUAAUCAAAAUGGCAGUGAUAUUUAUUAAAUUUUUUGAUGUGGUGCCAGUGCGUUUCAAUUUGUGGGUGAUGCUGUUCACCAGUUGCUGGGUGGUGUACAUGCUCCGAGUGAAUAUGAGUCUCAAUCUUAUUGCCAUGGUACCACAGACACACUCCAAUGGCUCCACAUCACGUUCCCAGUGCGACCCGAAAGAUGACGUGUUGACAAAUGAAACUCUUCGCCGUGUCGACGGUGUUCAUGUACACGCUUCCCAUGUAAAGCAAAUCCCGGGAGGUGCAUCGUUCAACUGGUCAGCGGAGCAGCAGGCGUUGAUCCUCGGAUCAUACUUCUGGUGUUACCCAGUGACGUCACUGAUCGGAGGCAUGGCCGCUGAGCGAUGGGGCCCGCGCUACGUCGUUCUUGUGUCCUCCUUCGCCAGUGCCGUAUUGACAGCCCUCAGCCCAUUUGCCGCAAAUUUGAGCUAUAUAGCUUUAGUGGUUAUAAGGUUCUUUUUAGGCUGUGCUGGGGGUUUUAUAUAUCCUGCACUUCACGUGUUGGUGGCUCGCUGGGCCCCACCCGCGGAAAAAGGCAAGUUCGUCAGCGCUAUGAUGGGAGGAACUUUGGGGACGGUGAUAACAUGGUCGCUCACCGGACCUCUCAUGGAAAAGUUUGGAUGGGCAUCAGCUUUCUACGUACCUGCUGCCUUGACUCUAGUUUGGUGUUUCUUCUGGUGGUAUCUCGUGGCUGACACUCCGUCAGAACAUCCUAGGAUAACCGAAGCAGAAAAGAAUUACAUAUUAGACGCAUUAGGAGACAAGGUCAAGAAAUCAAAGGGAUUGCCCCCAUUCAAGAGUAUUAUAACAUCAUUCCCGUUCUUGGCUAUGACCAUUCUUCAUUACGGAAAUCUGUGGGGCUUAUACUUUAUAAUGACAGUGGGACCAAAAUUCGUUUCAAGCGUCUUAGGAUUCGAGUUGUCAGCCGCAGGAGUGAUAUCUGCUCUUCCAUACCUUGCAAGAUUAUUCCUUGCGACAAUAUUCGGUGUGGUUGGAGACUUCAUAUUGGCAAGGAAACUGAUGUCGACGACAGUUAUAAGGAAAUUCUUCUGUCUGUUCUCCCAUAUCUUGCCUGGUGUCCUGUUAGUGUUGCUUGUGUACGCUGGAUGCUCUACGGCGCUAUCAGUGUCUCUGAUUACAAUGUCAAUGGGAUUCAACGGCGCCGCGACACUGACCAACCUACAAAACCAUCAAGACUUGGCCCCGAAUUAUGCAGGAACCUUGUAUGGAAUCGCUAAUUGUGUUGGCAGUACCGCUGGAUUUUUCACACCAAUGAUAACCGCAUAUUUUACAAGUUCAGGGAAUAGUUUCGAGAGCUGGCGUCCAGUUUUCUUCGUGGGAGCAUCAGUUUAUAUUAUAUCAGCACUAUUCUUCAUAUUCUUUGGGACUGGAAACAUCCAACCAUGGAACUUCCCCCCUGAAGAUAAGGGUAAAGAUGAUAAGUCAAAUGGAGAUCUCAAAGAAAUGAAUGGUACACCACCCAAAAAUGGUGAAACGAAAGAGAUAAAAGAAACUGCUUUAAAUGUUUCCAAGUAAAAUGAAAUGGGCAUAAGAGAGCGCGACUGGGAAUAUAACUUGAAUCAUAGUUCCGAUCGUCGACAUCAUGUCGAUGUAAAAGAUGUACUGCAAAUAUGUGAUAAAAAGAAAUAGAUACUAGGAUAUAGACGAUUUUUUUUCUAUCACCUAUAUUAAAUUACACAAAUGACGGAAUUGUAUAAAUAAGUGAUUUCUGAAUCUUUUAGAGUUGUAUUAUAGAAGUGUCGGUCGCUAUACAUAGAGUUGUUACAAUUGUCCUUCCAUUGUGAAACAUUUUUAAUUGAUUUUUAAGAUAUGGGGCUUAGAAUUAUAAAAUUAAUAGUGGCUAUAUCCAGGGUAUCUCUGUAAAGUGCAUUUAUUAAGAUUGGACCUAAGAUACUGCCUAGUGGGACGCUUCUAUAAUAGGAGCUCUGAUGUUGACAUGAAUGUAUAUAUUUUAUUAUAAUCUAAUGUUAAUUGAAACUGACAAUAAUAUUACCAUUUCGAGCAGUUUUAUUAAUGUAUUAUUUAUUUUAUGUACUUGCAUUUAUGUUUAGGUAAUUAGUACUUAUUGUUAAAAUUUUAUG